AUGGGUGUUUCCUAUACCUUCAUCUUCCAGUUCUGCCUGAUCCUGCAAUGUAUGACCCUCUGGAGAUCAGAAAUGCAAAGUCCAGGCUGUGCCCUUCAUUUUACUGAUGUGUUUGAUGAAUUCCAAUAUUUUCAGGAUGGAGAUUUGAUCAUCGGAGGAGUGAUCACUGUGAGGUCAAAAGAUGAUCUAGAAUCAUCUGACGAAAAAAUAUACAGCUGUCAUCACAGGAACUGGCUCUACAACAUACCUAAGGGCCAACUUAUGCGCCUACGACGCAAUUGCACUAAGCUGGAUGCAUUCCAAGUACAAGCCAAACAAAUAGGAGAGAGAUUUAUACAAAAGGGAUACAAUGACAUAUACAUCGAGCAAAAUAUAGAAGAAGUAUCCAAGAUGUCAAGAGAAAAGCUCCUGGAGAAUAAAACACCUACAGUUAGGAAAGAUCUGGUCCCUGUAGUACUGGAUUAUAAUGUACAACACAGGAAAAUUGAAAAGGUCAUCCAAAAACAUUGGCACAUUCUGAAAUGCGACAAAGACCUUCAGGACCUUCUACCUGAGAAACCAAGCCCCUCUCUUGGGUAUUACCUGAACCUCCUAGCUUUCCUUUCUGCAAUUGAUAAUAUUAACAAGGAUCCAGACAUCUUACCAAAUAUUACUCUCGGCUUCCAUCUAUUUGACUCAUGGCUGGAACCCAGGAAGGCUGUACAGAGUGUUCUGCAGAUCUUGUCUGGACCAAAUGGGACAAUUCCUAAUUAUUCCUGUAAUGGACAAGGCAAGCUGACUGGUGUUAUUGGAGAUCGCUAUUCAUCCACUACAAUCCCAAUUGCCCAAAUCCUCGGAUUGUACAGAUACACACAGAUCACCUAUGGGGCCACCGAUUACACAUUAAGUGACAGACACCUUUACCCGCAUGUUUUCAGGACCGUUCAGAAUGAUUAUGUCUAUUAUUUAGCAAUUGCCAAACUAGUGAAAUAUUUUGGCUGGAAUUGGGUCGGAAUACUUUUAUCAGAUGAUGACACCGGAGAGAAUGAAGCGCAAAUUCUGAAGAGACAUUUGGCUUCCCUGGAGAUUUGUGUGGCUUUUGAAAAAAGAAUGGCAACAAAUUCAGCUACAAUGGAUCAGUGGAUAGACACACUUAGUAAAGUACGAUGUAAUGUUUUAAUACUUUGUGGUUUCUUCACAAGCAAUGCUCGAGGAUACCUUACUGCAUACACUCAUAUCAAUAUAAACAAUAUUCUUAUCCUUCCCCCAGGCUGGACUUUAGAAGGAAUUCAAAUAACAACUCUUUUCUUAGAUUUUAUAACAAGUUUGUCUCUACAGUUUUCUGAUCCACAAAUUCUUAGAGAUGAAACUAUGUUUGAUGUCAGUGUAUUGACAAGUCGUUCACAAAUUGGGCAGCUAUUGGAUGAUCUGAUCGUUACAUUUUACAAUAUAACAUCAACUCAAAAUGGAAAAAAUAUUUAUUUUCAAAACGUUCCUAUUUCUAGACAGAAUAUAUUAAGAGUCCUUGUUUCAGUAAUUGACAAAACUUUGCUUUUCGGAGAUUCUCUACGAGUAUUUAUUGCAGUAGAAGCUAUGGCUGAAGCCAUAAAUUUUUUCAACAAGUUUAAUCACAGUUUUAAUAUUAACAGAUUUUAUCAGAUGCAUAAAUAUAUGAAACAACUCACAAAUCCAUAUAAGACGGAAGACAGGAUGACCUUCUUCGAUGAAAACGGUGAAUAUCCUUCAAACUACAAAAUAGUAAAUUGGAUGAAGUCUAACAGCCACUUUAGAACAAGUCAUACUGAUGUUGGUUUGUACACACCAUGGGCUAAAGAAGAAGACCAACUUCACAUUGACUCCAACAAUAUAACAUGGGAUGAAGGAAAUAAUACGAAGCUGGAAUCUAAGUGUGUGGACUCUUGUUUGCCCGGAUACAGAAAAAUGACAGGAUCUUCAAUCCACUCUUGCUGCUAUGACUGUGUCCCAUGUUCAGAAGGGCAGAUAUCCAAUAAGACUGACAGUGAAAACUGCAUGAAAUGUUCUGAUGAUGAAUGGCCAAAUGAGAAGAAGGAUCGGUGUGUUCCAAAAUUUGUGGAGUUUCUCUCCUACACUGAUGACCCCAUUGUUGCAGUAUUUUCAGCUGUCUCCAUCCUCUGUUGUCUUCUGACUGGUUUAAUAUUGGGGAUAUUUGUACUUUACCAGGACACCCCCAUUGUUAAAGCUAAUAACCGUAACCUGAGCUAUCUUCUCCUGGUCUCCAUCAUACUGAGCUUCCUCUGUGUCUUCUUGUUCCUCGGCCAUCCAGUAGAUGUGACCUGCAUGCUACGUGUGACCUCUUUUGGUGUCAUCUUCUCAGUUGCUGUCUCUUCUCUGCUUGCCAAAAGUAUUAUGGUGUGUAUAGCUUUUAAAGCCACCAAACCUGGGAGUCAUUGGAGGAAAUGGAUGGGAUCCAAACUGCCCAAUUGUAUCAUUUGUGUCUUCUCACUGGUUCAAGUCAUCAUCUGUGUCACUUGGUUGUCUAUUUCUCCCCCCUUCCAGGAUCGGGACACUCACUCUUAUCAGGGGAAGAUCAUCAUUCAGUGUAAUGAGGGUUCAGUUACCGGUUUCUACUCUGUCCUGGGAUAUAUGGGGCUUCUGGCAGCUGUGAGUUUCAUUAUAGCUUUUUUAGCCAGGACAUUACCGGACAGUUUUAAUGAGGCCAAGUACAUCACCUUCAGCAUGCUGGUGUUCUGCAGUGUCUGGAUUGCCAUGAUCCCGGCCUAUCUGAGCACCAGAGGGAAAUACAUGGUGGCUGUGGAGGUUUUUGCAAUAAUAACCUCAAGUAUUGGACUUCUUGGCUGUAUAUUUUUCCCAAAAUGUUACAUAAUUCUGAUCAGACCUGACCUGAAUACAAAAACAGUUAUCCGCUAAUAUGUAUGGAAAAACACUGGGUUAUCAGUAGUUAUAUCAUUAUUCUAUUAUUAUUAUCUUUAUUAUUGUUAUUUUUCAGAUUUUGCUAGUCUAUUGAGAAUGAACACUGUUACCCAAUACCUUAGACUAGAUCCAACUAUCACUGGAAUAUAACUAGGUGGAAUCAUCCCCCCAAGUCUCAGGCCCAAAUCUAAUACCCAUUCUUAACAAAUUUGCUACCAUAUCAGGAUUAGAGAUAAACCCCAAGAAAUGUAUUGCAUUAAACAUAUCACUUUCAACAAUAGAAUUAACACCAGCUAAAAUAGCACUACCCUUCACAAGGGCUGUAGAGUCAGGGAUUUGCCUUACAGCCUCUUUAUCAGACCUAUACUCAGCAAACUACCCUAACAUUCUAAAACACAUCAGGAAGCUAAUGAAUAACUGGUCCCACCUUCCUAUUUCUUGGAUGGGGAAAAUAAAUGUAGUUAAAAUGACAAUACUACCCAAACUGCUAUACCCAUUUAGAGUAUUACUGAUAACAUUCCUCGGCAACUACUUACGUAUUAUCCAGAAAAGAACAUCUACAUUUAUAUGGGGAUCUUCAAAACCGCAUAUACCUCUCAAAACACUAUACUUACCUAGAAACUUAGGAGGUCUAGGAGUACCUAAUUUUGCCACUUACUAUAGAGCAGUUUAGCCAAAUACCAUGCCACUCAGGAAAUACCUUUAUGGGUAUCGAUAGAGGCUUGUGAAUGUGACCUUUUAUCGAUUUCCAAUAUAAUAUGGCUUCAUUCCAAAAACCGCCUUGGCCUAAGUAAUCCUAUAACUAAACAUUACGGGGUAGAUCCACAAAGAAAUUACGCCGGCGU